AUGAUCAAUCAUCUCAAAACUCCAUCUGAAACUUCCGAUCAGACCAUAACCACUGCAACUAAGGUCGCCGCCGUUGCUGAAACCGCCACCAUGACUUGUCCCUCUGUGUCAUCGAACUCCGAUAGAAAGUUUUCACGGAGCUACGAUGUAAUGCAUAUCGUUUUGCGGAUUGGUAGCUUAUCGGCGUCGUUGAUUUCGGUUUUUGUAAUGGUCACCGCCAAGGAGAAAUCGACGAUCUCAAUCUAUGGAUUUGAUCUUCCUCUUUACUCCAAAUGGUCCUUCUCUGGUUCCUUCGAGUAUUUGGUUGGAGUAUCGGCGGCUGUUGCGGUCCACUCUCUUCUUCAACUAGUGAUUACGACAUCGAGAAUGCUACGAAAGUCAUCGGCCUAUACAUCUCGGAACCACGCAUGGCUUAUUUUUGUCGGCGAUCAGGUAUUUGCGUACGCGAUGAUAAGUGCGGGAUCAGCUGCAACGGGCGUGACCAACCUGAAUCGAACAGGGAUCAAACACACAUCUCUACCCAACUUCUGUAAGCCGUUGCAUAGCUUUUGUGACCGCGUUGGGGUUUCAAUUGCGUUUGCAUUCUUCAAUUGCUUCUUGCUUGCCAUUUCUGCGGUUCUUGAUGUAUUAUGCCUGCCGAAUUAAGUCUUGAAGACGAAACUGGUUACUUUGCAGGGUUUUAGUUAUGGGUAUU